AUGAAAAAAGGUGCAGAAGACAGGUUAACUCCGGGCUCGUCCUCACUGAGGCUCGUCCGGGUGGGCAAGACAGGCGGCGGGAAGAGUGCCACGGGGAACAGCAUCCUCGGCCGGCCAGUGUUCGAGUCCAAGCUGGGGAGCCAGGCUGUGACCAGAAAGUGCCAGGCAGAGGCGGGGACCUGGGAUGGAAGGAACAUCCUGGUGGUCGACACGCCUCCCAUCUUCGAGGCGGCGGUGGAGCAGACCCAGGAGACCUACAAGAAUAUCGGGGAGUGCUACCUGCUCUCUGCCCCGGGGCCCCACGUGCUGCUGCUGGUGACCCAGCUGGGGCGCUUCACCGCCCAGGACACGGCGGCCGUGAGGAGGGUGAGGGAGGUCUUCGGGCCAGGAGCCAUGAGACACGUGGUGGUCCUCUUCACCCACAAGGAGGACCUGAUGGGCGAGUCCUUGGAUGAGUACGUCGCCAGCACGGACAACCACAGCCUGAGGAGCCUGGUCCAGGAGUGCGGGAGGAGGUACUGCGCCUUCAACAACAGGGCCGCCGGGGAGGAGCAGAGGGAGCAGCGCGCCCAGCUGAUGGCCGUGGUCGAGAGGCUGGGGAGGGAGAGCCAGGGCGCCUUCCACACCAACGACCUCUUCUUUGAAGCCCAGAGGCUGCAGCGAGAAGGGGGCGGUGUCCACGCGGAAGAGCGCUACCUGACCAGGGUGCGGGAGCACAUGGAAAAGCAAAAGCGAGCCCUGACAGGGAGCAGGGGUCCCUGGGCCUUCAGGGCGCUCCUCGCAGUCAAAAGCUGGGUCAUCUCUCAUGAGUUUCAUUGGCCUCCCCCAGCCCGAAGUGACUGCCCGGAGAGGCCAGCAUGCUCCUAG